AUGGCUCCCACUGCCUCAGGAAAUACGAAGCAUCAACCCUCCAUACUUGCAGAGGACCCCUUCGCCAAUUAUGUCUCGUACCAGGACCCUGCGACAGAUAAGCCUCGCAUUGGUCACUACGAUCUCGGUAAAGAUACAAUACAACCUUUGAGCUUCUUAUCAGGCACACCCGUCUCAAACCUAUACCAAGUCAUCGAAGCUCAAACAAUUCACACCGAUAAAUCAGGUUCCCAUGUCGUCAAGUCAGGCGAGCCGCGUCCUGCCUCUUCAGUCAAGAUAUUGGCUCCCUUGACCGGUCGCGAUGUCCUCUGUGUAGGGAAGAAUUACGCCGAACAUGCCGUGGAAUUUAACUCCAGUGGUUUUGACAGCAGCGACAAGGUGGACCAGCCGUCGCAUCCCGUCAUCUUCACUAAAAGAUACACAUCCAUCAUCGGUCAUGGCGAAGAGAUCCUGCUGCACCCUGAGUUCACGCAGACAGUAGACUACGAGGGCGAGAUUGGGGUUAUCAUUGGGAAAGCAGGGUUCCGCAUCGAUGAGAAGGAUGCGUUGGAUCAUGUUUGGGGAUAUACGAUCAUUAAUGAUGUGACGGCUAGAGAGCGUCAACGGGACCACAAACAGUUCUACAUAGGGAAGAGUCCGGAUACCUUCUGUCCGAUGGGACCGAUCGCUGUGCCGGUUUCGAGAUUGGAAAAAGAUCUACGGGUCCAGACACGUGUUAAUGGCGAGCUGCGUCAAGACGCUACCACGAAAGACCUAAUCUUUCCUAUCCCAAUCCUGAUCAAGACAAUGUCGGAGGGUCAGACACUGUUUCCGGGAGAUGUGCUUGCCACUGGGACGCCCGCUGGAGUCGGAUUUGGACAAAAGCCGCCCGUCUAUCUCCAGCCCGGAGAUGAAAUCAACGUGUCUGUCACUGGUUUAGGAACUCUUACGAAUCGUGUGGCUUCUCUUUCCACACCCAACCGUACACUGGAACGCUGCCAGACCGCUACGUCUUCCUUCUUCAUUGCGAAUGCUACGAGAUUUCCACAUGAACGCUUAAUUAUGAUAAACGGAAAAGCGACGUACUACAGGGUACUCGGUAAAGAGGAUGGCCCUCCCAUCCUUUUUGUUCAUGGCCUCGGCGCAACCAGCGAGUAUUUCACGCCUUUGAUCAGCGCCAUGAAUCUCGGAAAGAAGUACAGGAUACACCUCUACGAUUUCGAAGGGCACGGCCUGUCACGUACGCAUCCACUCAGCAGAUUGAGCGUCCGAUCUUUAGCUUCAGAUCUGAACGGCAUCUUCGAACACGCCGAGAUGCCCGCCAACGCAACUCUCAUCGCCGACUCGAUGGGUUGCCUUAUAGCACUUCAGUUCGUUCUUUCACAUCCAGGCAAGAUCUCUAAGCUUAUCUUGUUAUCUCCGCCGCCGUCUCCCCUGCCGGAGGCACUUGGAAAGCGGCUGCACGAGAGAGCGGAAACAGUAAGAACACACGGGAUCUCCGCGAUCGUCGACUCUGCUGCUAGUUCCACAGAGGCAGACUCGCUCAUGAUGCUGAAGCCGCUCGCUCUGGCUGCGAGACGCAUAUCACUGCUGGGCCAGGAUGCUGAAGGCUAUGCUAAAGCUUGCAUGGCUUUUGGCAGGGCGACGAAGAAGUUAGGGGUUGACGACGCGGGUGCCGACAACGUUAGUACUACGAGUAAGGCUGCGAAGACUAACGUCCUGACUGUUGGGGAGAAGCGACUAGAUGGGACUGGUUUUGACUUGAAAAGCGUUUACGGGGAGGUGUUGGGUGAGGGGGAAAUGGACGAGGAAUAUGGAUGUGGGAGGGCACUGGGCGGUGUUCCAGGAUCUUGA